GCAGGAAAAACAGCACAACGAGUUAACAAACAAAAAUUUAGCAAUGGCUGUCUCUCUUGAAGAUCGUAGGUUGUUGUUGAUGUUGUUUUCAUGGAUGUUCAUAAUGACGGGAAAGCCAGCAACAGUAGCGGGUUUAUUUCAGCCCAGUGAGUGGACACAAGCCCAUGCCACAUUUUACGGUGACGAGAGUGCCUCUGCCACAAUGGGAGGAGCGUGUGGAUAUGGAAAUUUGUUGAUAAACGGUUACGGGAAAGACACAGCAGCAUUGAGCUCUACACUGUUCAACGAUGGAUUCGCAUGUGGGACUUGUUACGAGAUAAAGUGUGUCCAAUCCAGUGCAUGCUUCUCCAAUGUGGCUUACACCACAGUGACUGCCACCAAUAUCUGCCCUCCUAAUUGGGCCGAGGCCUCUGAUAACGGAGGGUGGUGCAACCCACCACGUGCACAUUUUGACAUGUCCAAGCCCGCUUUCAUGAAAAUUGCACAGUGGAAAGCUGGAAUCGUUCCUGUUAUGUACCGAAGAGUGGCUUGCGUGAGGAGUGGGGGAUUACGAUUCUCUUUCCAAGGAAAUGGUUAUUGGUUACUGGUGUAUGUGAUGAAUGUGGGAGGAGGAGGAGACAUUGCAAACAUGUGGGUGAAAGGAAGUGGAACUGGGUGGAUCACCAUGAGCCACAAUUGGGGAGCUUCUUACCAAGCAUUUGCAACAUUGACUGGCCAAUCUCUUUCGUUUAAGGCAACUUCUUACACCACCAAAGAGACCAUAAUAGCUUGGAAUGUUGCUCCCACCAACUGGGGCGUAGGAUUAACGUAUUCCUCCGACGUCAAUUUCGGUUGAACAUCACACAUCCUUUUUACUUACUUCAUUAGACAUUCUCUUUUUCCAAUGUUUUCUGCCACAGUUCCCACUAUCACAAUUUCAUUCCUUCCACCGGUCAAAUGUUUAGAAUCGUUGAAAAUUAUGAGUUGUUUUAUUUACUCAUAUAAACAUAUGUUCCACGCACGUGUAGCUGGAUCGAACAACAAAAUCUCCUUACGUAUCUUGUUUUUCACGUCUCACUCGAUGACUCACUGCUGCUUUCUUUUUCCGAUCUUACGUUAAAGAUUUUAUACUUUUUUGCAAAUU